ACUGAACUUACUUGAGAACAGUAAUUUAGUAAAUUGUAUUAAAAUUUAGCAUACUUUCAGCUCGAAACUUGAAAUGCGUGCCAACACUGAUGUUUGGAGUCCCUUAAAAAUUACAUAGUGCAUUCAUUUGGAAAAUCUUCUCCCUGUUCUGUUUAGUGAAGUGUGAUUAGGACCAUCAAGUUUUCUAUAUACAGCACUAUGGCAGCACUGAAAAUGCAAAGCGCCUGCAAAAACUGUUGUUGCAAAUAUAUCACAGGAACAACUUCAAUUCUUCUUUAUUACUUAUUUUCCGUUAGUUUUCUUUGCUCGUUUCAACGUGUUGCUGAACAUUUAUUUGAAAUGGUGUUUGCAAGCUCAACAGACUUUGCCAACCCUGAAACUGAUUCUUUUUGUUAGUUUAUUAGGUGAUUAGGAGAUUUAUCGAAAAUUGAUUUUUAGUAGUUAACAUCGAGUAAGUAUCGCUAAUAUUCAACAUAAUUGAAUUGCGCGCCUCUAUUUGAGAGCCGCGUGACAGUUAUUAAAAGUUAGCUUCCUUCAAAAAUCCCAAGACGGCCAAAAAUGUGUACAAAAAAAGUGCGUGAAUGGCUGGUCUUACUGACCAUGGAAAAGUAUGUUCGUUGCUUUACAGAGCAUGGCUACAUAACUAUUGCCCAGUGCCAACAAAUAUUAACCAGCGAUCUCAUCAUGUUGGGUAUAGAUAACCCAACCCAUCGACAGCUGCUACUAACUGGUGUGCAGCUCCUCAUUAAUUCACCCAAUCUUUUCGUUUGCCCAGAGCCGUGCGAAUGGCAUGUAUCGAGUGCAGAUCAAGAUUUGGCCGAAGAUUUCUUGGAUACCUGUAAAAUUGACUUGCAAGCAAUAGAUAGUACAUUUAGUACGCAACAACAUAGUAAAAAAAAAUUUGGGUUUCUAGCCAGAACAAAACGUGAACGCAAGUCAAAAUCAAAGAAUAUCAAGGAGAGUUUGUGCUCAGUCAACAUAAAGGCCAACUUCACCUGCGUCGCCUGUCCACACUUGCAGUUUGGUCAGCUUUACGAAUUGGAUCAGCACAUCGCCGCCUUAAAGGAGAGCAAGGAUCCGUCGGCAUCUCAGCACAAAUACGGCGAUCUCAUAACCAAUGUACAAGAGGCGACACCCAUUAUUCUAAUUGAAUAAUUUUAAGCCAAAAGCUAAGCU